CCAAGCCCCCAGUUCAAGAGUGUAUUCAGAAAUCUUUUCUUAGCUAUUACGAUUUCCAAAAUGUCUCAUUUCUUCUUAGUCUGUCUUGUUCUCUUUUUCACUUUGGAGAAGAACUUUGCCAUUGAAACAACAUGGAAGGAGAGUCACCAUCAUCAUGUUCAAACCAGCUCUCUCUUACCAUCAUCUUCUUGCAGUUCUUCAACCAAAGGUCCCAAAAGAAAAUCAACAUUAGAUGUGGUACACAAACAUGGUCCAUGUUCCCAUCUAAACAAAAAUGGAAAAGCAAAUUAUGUUCAAACACACAGUGAUAUUCUAAAGCAUGACAAGGAAAGGAUAAACUAUAUUCACUCAAAGUUAUUAUCAUCAUCUUCCAAUAACAAUAAUAAGGUGGAAAUAGAAUUGGAUUCUUCUUCUUCUAGUGCUAAUUUACCUGCAAAAUCUGGUGACCUUAUUGGAUCAGGAAACUACUAUGUUGUUCUUGGACUUGGUACUCCUAAAAAGGAUUUAUCACUUAUUUUUGACACUGGUAGUGACCUCACUUGGACUCAAUGCCAACCUUGUGCUGGUUCUUGUUACAAACAAGUUGAUGAAAUAUUUGAUCCAUCAAAGUCUACUUCUUAUUCCAAUAUCACAUGUACUUCUCCAGAUUGCUCUCAACAUGUUUCAGCCACAGGAACCAAUCCCAGUUGUUCUACGCCAACAGAAUCAUGCAUAUAUGAGGUCAAAUAUGGUGACGGAUCCUUCUCUAUCGGAUACUUAAGCCGCGAACGGCUCACCGUUACGCCAACAGACACCAUCGACAGUUUCUUAUUCGGUUGCGGUCAAGACAACGAAGGCCUAUUUAACGGCGGUGCCGGUCUCUUAGGGCUUGGUCGUGACCCAAUCUCCUUUAUCCAACAAACCUCUCAAAAAUAUCAUAAUACCUUCUCUUAUUGUCUCCCAUCUACUUCUAGCGAGAUAGGCCACCUCACAUUCGGCGCUGCCACGGAUAACGAAGAUGUAAAGUACACUCCUUUGUCCACAAUCUCCCGUAGCAGUUCUUUCUACGGCCUCGACAUUGAGGGAAUCAGCGUCGGUGGAACUAAACUUCCAAUUGCAUCAUCUGUUUUCACAACCAGUGGCGCCAUUAUUGAUUCAGGAACUGUCAUUACACACUUGCCACCUACCGUCUAUGUCAGUCUCCGUGAUUCCUUUCGGAAAGGCAUGGCUAAUUAUCCACCUCCUUCUGCUAUUGGAGAUUUUGAUACAUGCUAUGAUCUUUUUAGUGGGACUAAUAAGACUGUGAUUAUUCCGGAGAUUAGUUUUUUCUUCGCUGGUGGUGUCACGGUGGAGCUUCCCAUAUUGGGGAUAAUUUACGUGGAACAGAAGCAAUUUUGUUUGGCGUUUGCAGCAAAUGAUCAUGAUAGUGAUAUUACUAUCUUUGGGAAUGUACAACAAAAAACACUAGAGGUUGUUUAUGAUAUCGGUGGUGGUAGGAUUGGGUUUGGUUCAAAUGGUUGCAAGUGAAGUUAGUUUAAAAUAUUUUGAUCAAUGAAUCUCAAUGUUAUUGCAAAUUAGCACUAAAUAAUCAUGUGAGGGUUUGAGUAGAAAUAAGAAGAAAGGGGAAGAUAUGUUGAAAAAGUUGUAUUAUGUAGUGGUUAAACAAGACUUUGUGAGAAAUAUAUAGCAUAAAUAAAUUGAUGUCUUUGUGAUGUGUAA